AUGACUCGCCAGUUCUCAUUGGCUCCGUCUCCUGCCCUGUCGCUAGGUAUUACAUUUCUCUUGCUGCCUGUCGAGGUACGGUUGAGAAUCUAUACGCAUCUCUUCUACCACGCUGGAGAGCUCUUUGUUGCGCUUAAAAGCUUUGCGGAUCAUUAUUCUCAGUCUUCUCAAAUCCUCGGCGUCUGCCAACAGAUAUACGUCGAAGCCAUCCCCAUCCUGUACGGAGUGAACAAAUUCUACUGUGGCUUACGCCCCCGGAAGGACAACAGCGAGAUCCUGCCACGGUUCGUCUCCACCCCCAAUUUCGCACACGUUCGCCAUUUGGUCCUCGAUCGGCCCCUAGUUCGAGUCUUUGCCCAGCUUCUGGCCAAAGAGGAGCAUGUCGUCGCAACCAAGGGGUUGGAAUCCGUUGCGCUCGGCAAGUGGCGGUUCUGCGAUCGGCUGACAAGCACCGCAGCGGCCUUGGAGAUACGCCGCCGUGGGACUCACUUCGAAGGGUCCCAGUUCUGCAAUCCGGCCAUGGAGAUAUGUCGGAAACACACUCAAUUGCGACACCUGGUGGAGCAGACGAAAAAGAUAAGCCUUAAAGUACUGCGCAAUGGCGGGACGGAUGAGAAUGGAGAGUCGAGAAAGGAAGCAGGUUACAGGACCUACAUACAAUAUAGAUGGCUACUCGUCACCGACAGAGGUGCAAGAAACCUGGAAGAAGGCGAGGAGCUCGUGGAUCUGGAGAAUUACUUGUAG